AUGCAAAUUUUCAGAAGUCAGAAACUUAGAAGUUUGCUUGCCUCUAGAAUUAUCAUAAUCAGUCUCGAACGCGAUGCAAGCUACACCGUUAUCACAGAGAACAUCAGAAGAACCAUUACCAACAAAAACAGCACAAAGCACAGUCACAUGCAUCUACCAAGCCAGCAUUGCAAACCAAUGGAGAAACAUAUAUGUCUUAUGGUGCAAAAGUCUCAUUAACCACACAUUAAACCUCAAAAUCGAUAGCAUAAGAGGCGAACAGUUUCUUCACAGUAUCAAAAUUGAAGUUAAACCAUGGUUUCAUUGGAACAAAAAAGGUUGCAAGUCAUUCGAAGUUGACGGUAAUCAUAUCGAUGCCUAUUGGGAUCUACGAUCGGCUAAAUUCGCUGGUGGUUGUCCUGAGCCUUGUAGCGAUUACUAUGUCACAUUAGUUUGCAAUGAGGAGGUUAUUUUGUUGUUGGGUGAUUACAAGAAAAAGGCUUACAAGAGAAUGAAAAUGAAACCAACACUUGUUGAAGCUACAUUAUUGGUUAAAAGAGAGAAUGUUUUUGCAAAGAAAAGUUUUUCAAUAAAGGCUAAAUUUGAUGAGAAGAGAAAAGAGAGUGAUAUUGUUGUUGAAAGUUCAACUGUUGGUAAUUAAGAUCCUGAAAUGUGGAUUAGUAUUGAUGGAAUUGUUUUGAUUCAUGUUAAGAAUUUGCAGUGGAAAUUUAGAGGGAAUCAAACUGUUAUGGUUAAUAAACAACCUGUGCAAGUGUUUUAUGAUGUUCAUGAUUGGUUGUUUAGUGUUUCUGGAUCUGGGCCUGGGCCUGGUGUUUUUAUCUUCAAACCUGGGCCCACUGAAGUUGAGAUUGAUGAUAAAGGUGUUGAAGGUUGUGAAAGUGAUGAUGGUAGUGCUACUAGUGGUUAUUACUCAACUAAAAGUUAUACUCCUUUUGAGUCUUCCCUUGUACUUUGUGCCUAUAAACUUGAGUAAUAAGUUUAAGUUAUAAGGCUAAGAGAAGAGACCAAUUAAUGUUUAUAUGAUAGUGCGUGUGCGUGGGCGGCAACUCUGGUUUUAGAUUGCGGUUGCAGUUAUGCUGAGAAUUUUUCCUUAUAAUGUGGUUGGGAUGUUGUUGCAGAGACCUCAAAUGUCUUUAUAUUGCAGGAUGCAACUUAAAAUCAUGGUGGCAAUAGUAGAGACAUUGUAUAGUUCUAUUUUGUUUUACUAUUCUUUUUUGAGUCUAAUGGAUAUGAGCUAUAUUGGUUUUGAAAGUGAAUUGGAAGAUCUUGUUGAUGUUUGCUUAGUCAAUUUUUAUGGUAUCCUAUGUUUCAUCAA